GUUUCCAACGCCUGAAAUCGGAGUGUCGACUCUUUAUGUGAUCGACUCCUGGUCACACCGACAUGCGCACCAAAGACCAGAGAAAAAGAGAGAACAAAAACAAACGAGCGCAUUGUUCUUUCUCAGAGGUAGUUCAAGACAUAUCGAUCGAGCUGUAUCUAGUUCCGGGAGUUGAGGGUCUGAACUCUGUUUGUCCCGCAGUGCAUCAUGGCGUUCAUCAGAAAAAAGGAACGCUGCAAAGAGAGGUUUUCACUGCUCUUACUAGACCUGGAGGAAUAUUAUUUUGAACAACACACUGCAUAUAAAAUGACUGCACUCCCAAACAGAAAUAUUCGAGGCUCUCUAAAGAUCUGUUCCAAAUCAGUCAUUUUUGAGCCAGAUGAGACGACGGAGCCGAUUUUAAAGAUCCUACUGAAAGACUGCCGGCGGAUAGAAGCGGUGGAGGAGAAUGAGCCGAACCCUUUUAAAGAAACCAAGCCAGCAUCUCUGCUUAUGGAAACCAAGCAGGUUUUUCUUAUUAAAGAGGAGAAUGCUGUUGCCCCGUACAAAUACGAAAGGGGAGAAAGAAGUGUCAUGUUCCAGCUGGAGGUGCCUAGAAAAACAGAAGAUGUUGUCCAGACGUUGCUUCAGCUACAUAGAGCAUCGUGUCUGGACAAGCUGGGGGACCAGACUGCCAUGAUCGCUGCAAACUUGCAGUCCAGGUUGGCGAGAACAUCUUUUGAUAAGAACAGCUUUCAGAGUGUGUCUGAGACCCCACAUAUGGAGUGUGAGGCUGAGAUGGUGACCCCUCUGGUGACCAACCCUGGUCAUGUCUGCAUCACUGACCACAACCUGUACUUCCAGCCCCUUAAUGGUUACCCUGAUUCAGCGGUGCACAUCGGGCUUCACAGUGUCCGGCGCAUCUAUAAAAGGAGACAUGGCCUGCGACCGCUGGGACUGGAGGUGUUUUGUACAGAGAACGAUCUUUGUUCAGAUAUCUAUCUAAAGUUCUACAAUACUAAAGACAGGGACGAACUUUACUAUUACAUUGGCACUUUCUUAGAGAACCACAUAGUAGAGCACACAGCAGAGAGUUACAUGCUGCAGUGGCAGAGGGGACAUAUCUCCAACUACCAGUACCUGCUGCACCUUAACAACCUGGCAGACCGCAGUGUUAACGAUCUCUCGCAAUAUCCUGUGUUUCCUUGGGUCCUCAGUGACUAUACUAGCCCACAGCUGGAUCUGUUGAACCCUGCCUCUUUUCGGGACCUCAGUAAACCAGUGGGAGCUUUAAACAAAGAGAGACUGGAAAGGCUACUGGAGCGUUACAAGGACAUGCCUGAACCUCGUUUCAUGUAUGGUAGUCAUUACUCCUCUCCUGGAUAUGUCCUCUUCUACCUCGUUCGAGUGGCACCAGAGCACAUGCUGUGCUUGCAGAAUGGCCGUUUUGACCACGCAGACCGAAUGUUCAACAGUAUUGGAGAUACCUGGAAGAACUGCUUAGAAGGGGGCACUGACUUUAAAGAGUUGAUUCCUGAGUUCUAUGGAACAGACACCAAUUUUCUGAAGAACAUCUUGGGGUUAAAUCUGGGUCGGAGGCAGGGUGGAGGGCGAGUAGGAGAUGUGGUACUUCCUUCCUGGGCCACAGAUGUGGAUGACUUUCUUCAGAAGAUGCGCUCUGCUUUGGAGAGUCAGUACGUCUCAGAGAAUUUGCACGAGUGGAUCAAUUUAAUCUUUGGUUACAAACAGAGAGGGAGUGAAGCUGUUGGAGCCCACAAUGUUUUUCACCCAUUAACAUAUGAAGGUGGCAUCGACUGUGACAGUAUCGAGGACCCGGAUGAGAAGAUAGCGAUGCUAACACAGAUUCUGGAGUUUGGUCAGACUCCCCGACAGCUUUUCACCAAACCUCAUCCUCAACGCAUCACACCUCGAUUCCACAACGUCUCUGCAGGGACGAGCCUCAGCACAUCGCCCAAUGACCUCUCACCAGGUUCUCCCAGUAUGGAAUCGUUUGAGGAUCUGACAGAGGAAAGUAAGACACUUGCGUGGAGCAACAUGAACAAACUCACACUGCAGUCCAGUCACAAGAUACACAAAGAACCAGUGACCGGAAUUGCAGUGACUUUAAAUGGUGUGUCCAUUUUUACGACAUCUCAAGACUCUACUUUAAAGAUGUUUUCUAAAGAAAGCAAGGCACUACAGAGGAGCAUGUCCUUUUCCAACAUGGCAUUGUCCUCUUGUGUGAUAUUACCUGAGGAUAAAACCGUAGUUUGUUCUUCAUGGGAUAAUAACGUGUACUUUUAUUCAAUAGCAUACGGAAGGAGGCAGGACACACUCAUGGGUCAUGAUGACGCUGUGAGUCAAGUUUGCUGGAGAGACGACCAGCUCUACACAGCAUCGUGGGACUCUACUGUAAAGGUGUGGAAGUGUGUAGCCUCAGACAUUUCCAACAAUAAAAGGACACAGUUUUUGCUGCUGGCCGAGUUGGAGCACGAGGCCGGGGUUAACACUAUAGCUCUAAAUCCUGCUGGUACGCUCUUGGCAUCGGGCACAAAAGAGGGCACUCUGAGUGUUUGGGAUAUUGCAAGUUUCUCCGUCCUGCAUCAUCUGACCUGUCAUUCUGAAAAGAUCCACCAAGUGGCCUUUAGUCCUGACAGUCGAAACAUCCUGAGUAUUGGUGAGGAUUUGUAUCUGAAGGUUACAGACGUACAGACAGGCACAACACUUGCUGCAGUACUUGCAGAGGAAGAACAGAGGUGUUUUUGUUGGGACGGCAGCAUUGUGUUGGCUGGAGGUCAGUCAGGGAACCUGCUGAUUUGGGAUCUUCUUGCUAGCAAGAUCACACACAGGAUCCCUGCUCAUUCUGGUCCUGUCACUUGCAUUUGGAUGAAUGAGCAGUGCAGCACUGUCAUUACAGGAGGGGAAGAUAAACAGAUCAUAUUGUGGAAACCCCAGUAUUAGGACGCACAUACACACACACACACACCAAAAUGACCACAACUAAAUGUGCUGGACACAAGAAUUCAGUUUGAAGUGUCAUUUUCACCCAGCUGCUCUACCUGUGAGCAUAAAUAUGAUCCUGAGCAGUUACUACAUUCCUACUACAAAUCUGAAAGCCAUUACACAAACUGAAUCAGGAAUUUCAUUUUACUUGUGCUCUUAUUCCAAUGAAAGUUAGUUUGAUAUUUAAAGUGUAAAAUGGUGUUGCCUUUUUAUUGUUUUAUAUUAGUUUUAUCGCUUUCAUUUUUUUUUUUUUUAAGAAGGAAUAUAAUGCCAUGUUUAUAAAUGAGUGCGUCGUGGAAUAGGUGGCUAUAUAUCGUGGAUCCGUUUACCUCAUUUACCUGCAGAAAUCAAAAUAUUAAUUGCCCAGAAACUGCCCAGAAAAAAUUCGUUUGUCUGUCAUGUUAUAAAGUCGACCUGUCCCCAGAAUUCCAGUCUCACAAUUUGUAAUGAUGAUUUAAAAGGUUUGUGAAUGUCAGCAACUGCAUGUUUUGUUUUUUUUGUUUUUUUCAUUGUUUACUUUCGUUUAAAUAAAAUGAUCAUUUGACUUGGGUUAUAUUUAUGCUCACAAUAAAUACACAUUGCAAAAGCGUUAAAUAAAAAAUAUUUAUCUUACAGCAGCUGGCUUUUUUUGUGUAGUAUGUAAUGUACAUAAUUUAAAUAUGAAAAAUAUUAAUAACUGGAUUGCGUGCAUACUAUAUAAUUACACCGUUAAAAAUAGUGUCAUGUAAAUAAAAUAAAAUGUAAAACAUU